AUGGAAGAAACCAUCGCCGAGCUACGACGUCAGCUUGAGGAGGAGAGACAGGCGCGAGAAAAAGAAAGAAAGGCGCGAGAAGAGGCAGAGCGUCGUGAAGAAGAAGAGAAAAAGGCGCGAGAACAGGCAGAGCGUCGUGAAGAAGAAGAAAAAAGGGCGCGAGAAGAGGCAGAGCUGCGAGUGCAGCCCAACACACUGUUUCGCCUUCUCGAUCGCUGUCACAACUCUUUAUCUCAAGCGAUCCGAGUUGAGACGGAUGCGACCCUCACGACCCAGGGUGACGCGACCGACCCAGUGAACCGACUUUACCCCCAGCGCAUAGUCCCUUGGCUUGACUUCCCUCAACUCCAAGAGCAAAUCUGGGGGAAAUUCGACCGCACGGGUGCCUUCACCUCGCGCCCCCUCUUCCCUUCUGAUACCCAAAUAGAUUAUGUUGUUACGAAUACCCAGAACAAGCCGAUCUAUUCGGAAGCGUCCCUUCGGAAUUUUGAGCGAGACACGGUGGAUAACUUUGUCGAAAAGGUAAUUAAGGCUUUGCGAGAUGAUGAACCCCUUCGCAAUGAAUUUGGAAUCCAGGGCCAAGUCACCUUCUAUGACCGCGCGAACCCAUCGGAAACUUCGCUGGAGAACAGCUUGGAGGAAAUGAAUCUUCAAGACGCACGGACACCCCAACGGCCAGCGAACACAAGGCGUGGGAAAGGCGGAGGAAGAGGGAGAGGAGCGCCGCAGAGACAAAAGAGUGCUGGUACGGCACGAAGACGCAAUCGCCGCGCGGACCAGUUUUGCGUGCACAUUGUGGCCAACGAGCGACAAAAACCAGUGUAUGCAGUGGAGUUCAAAGCGCCGCACAAGGUGACAAUCCCCGAAUUGGUGGCGGGUCUACACCAGAUGGACCUGGCUCGCGAUGUCAUUGACCAGGAAGGCGACACGUUUGAGUUUUAUGCCACCUGCCUCGUCGCCGCUGUGGUCACUCAGAUAUUCUCAUAUAUGAUUGACAGCGGGGUUCAAUACGGCUACAUCUGCACGGGGGAAGCUUUUGUUUUUCUUCAUAUCCCGAAGGAUGAUCCCACGGUUGUUCAAUAUUUCAUGUGUAUCCCGAAUCAGGACGUGCAGGCGGAUGAUGAAUUGUGCCUCCACCGGACCGCCAUCGGUCAGGUGCUUGCAUUCACCCUUCAAGCGCUAGCCGCCGAAGCUCCGUCUCAAGAAUGGCAUGAUGCGGCACACGACAAGCUAAAGACCUGGGAGGUCGAAUACCUAGACGUGUUGAGGAAAAUCCCCGAGACUCUCCGUAAAGACCCACCAGCCUCCAAUUAUCGACCCUCGCACUGGAAACUGGAGCCGAAGACACACAAUACACGAUCCCGUGCUCGCUGCAAACCAGGCAUGUCUACUCCGAAGCAUUCGUCAACCGAAGGCAGCGGCAGUGAUGAAGAAUCGCAUUCGCCAUCCAUCGCAGCAGCGGCUCGCAGCAGGUCGAGCCGCGGCCGAGGCAACAACCGUCAAUCGACCAAGGAAAGCGAAAGCACACGAGCCGGUCGGGACAACAAACAGACCUCUCGAAAAGACGUGCAAUUUACGCGACCCUACUGCACAAUUGCCUGCAUCUGCGGCAUGGUCAACCGAGACCCUCUGGAUAAAGAAUGCCCCAACUGGGAACUCCACGGUGGACAGAGACACUCCAUGGGUCCGCAGGAGUUCACACGCCGGCUUCACCGUCAGCUUGCCCGAAACCGAAACCAUGGGUUUGAACAACUCCACGUCUGUGGUCGGACAGGUUACCUCGUUAAAGCUACCCUUCUGUCACACGGAUACACUGUGAUAAUCAAGGCUACCACGGCGGACAAGCAGCAUCUCAUUCAGGCAGAGGCGGAUAAUUACCGUUAUCUCAGGAGCCUGCAGGGAAAACAGAUCCCCGUCUGUCUGGGGACAAUCACACCACGAGUCUCAUAUUGGUACCAUGGCCAAUUAAUGGCGCAGAUGAUGAUACUGAGCUGGUCUGGAACACGGCUUCAGCAUGUCAUUAACGAUGAGAAUUCCAGAUUCUUUCACCAGGAGCGCGACAAAGCUCUGACCGUGCUCCGGUCGUAUGGAAUUGUCCACGGCGAUAGUGAGUGGCGCAAUAUGCUGUGGGAUGACCUGGGUGGCCGUUUGUUUGUCAUUGACUUGGAGGACGUGAAAUGGCUGAAGCGUCCUCGAACUCUAGAACCAAUAUCCAGCAACGCGCGGCGUGGUCAUCGCAUUGGGAACGGGGAAACAGGCAAAGCCUCCUAUCCAGGUCGACUGCUGUAUGCACAUGAAGGUCCACAGACUCAUGGACCACUGCGUUAG